AUGAGUAACAAUAGCCAUCAUCGAUUUACUCGUCUCGAAGAUUUCCCCAAUGAAUUACUAUUCGAUCUAUUUGAACAGUAUAUUUCGAUUUCUGAUUUGAAAUAUGGUUGGGUUGGUCUAAAUCAACGUAUCAAUUUUAUUCUAAAAUCAAUACAACUAUCUGCAUCAACUUCAUCAUCAACUGAUCAAAUGCUUCAUUUUUUUAAAGAUCAAAUAUACAGCAUCGCUGUAUCUUAUUCAUGUACAAGUUCUUUCACUGAUUUUCCUAAUUUACGCUCAUUAUCAUUUCAACAUGCAUCCAAUAAACAUUUGUCUGACAUACAAUCAAAUUUUAUUUUAUCGAAUAUUGUUCAUCUACGAAUGGAACUAUCACCAAAUAUGUUAGCAAAGACAUCAACUCAAUUUUUGGAAACAUUAUUUUCCAAUAAAUUUAGUUCUCUUCGUAAAUUAUGUAUAUUGAAUGAAUUCGAUUUUAGUAAUUCUAUAAAAUUCAAUUCAUGGGCAGGUUCAAUAUCACUUCGUUCAAUAAAUAUUAUCAUUUCAAAUAAUUUACAUAUUUAUUCGGCUCUUCUUAUUGCUUGUCCAAAUUUGGUGCGUCUUCAUUUAACUGUUUCAUUUAUAGAUAGGAAUUCGUUAACAACUUUUCAUCAUACAAAUCUUAAACAUCUUCAACUUCGUCUCAAUACUAGUGACUGUCAACUGUUGAAAGCAAGAAUGAGUGGAUCAAAUCAAGCUACAUCAUCCGAACAAAUCAAUGACGAAAAUCGAAGAGGUCCAUUUGCUAUCGUACCCAAGUAUGAUUGUCCUCAUUUGGGUGAUAAUGCUUAUUUAUUCCUUCAAUCGACUCAACAUACUGGUGAUCAACAACCACCUUGUGUUGAUUGUAAUAAAACAGAAGAGAACUGGGCUUGUCUACAUGAAACUUGUAACUAUAUUGGUUGUUCUCGUUACCAGCAAAAACACAUGUUGAAUCAUCAUCAAACAACUGGACAUAAUAUUUGUUUUAGUUUCUCAGAUAAUUCCGUUUUUUGCUAUGCAUGUGAUAGUUACGUUGAUAGUCCUCAAUUGCAUAGUCUUAAUCGACAAUUAAAUCGUGCUUCUCAUUAA